UCAAUCUCUCUCUUCUAACCUCGGCCUCCGCCUCUGUCUCUCCCUUCCCUCCCCUCGCUGCCACAGUACAGUCGGACUCUCGAGCCGGAGCAACCAUCGCCGCCGCCGCCGCCGCCGCCGGACCUCUCUUGGUCUCUGACUUCCGGGUUGCGCCCGGGCAGUCCAGAGCAGCAACCCGUCUCCGCCUCUCUCCCGACUCUUUGCGGCUCGCCCGACUCCAAGCCGCCGCCAGACUCUGCCCGUCGCCGCGCGUAGCUCGCCGAUUCGCCCUCGAGACCCGGGUAAUGUGUUAGGCAUGGGUUCAACUUCACUCGGGGCUCGAAUCACGAGCGCGAUGGCGGGGGUUGCUUCGGCCCCCGGUUGGAUACCUGAGGACGAUCUGUUGUUGAAGAACGCUGUCGAGUCGGGUGCUUCUCUGGAAGCGCUAGCUAAAGGAGCUGUCCGGUUUUCUCGAAAGUUUACUGUCGGAGAAAUCAGAGAGCGGUGGCAUUCGCUUCUUUAUGAUCCUUCCAUUUCUGCGGAAGCUUCUGCUCGUAUGAUUGAGUGCGAAACUUCAGCUAAAAAAUCCGGGAGUUGUAAAGAAAAUUCAGAAACUUUAGGGAAAAGAAAAGCCGAGAGCAUUCGUAAAACAUAUUAUGCUAUGCAGAAGAGGAUUUGCCAGUCUGCCAAUUCUAUUUUCUCUGACGAACCUGAUGUGAAUGGUUACAUCCGUAACGAAAGUUUUGUGCAUGAAAAUCAUACUCAAGGCCACUUUGGUGACCAGGAUCCUAAUGCAAAUGUUUUGAAUCCUGGAUUGGUCAUGGAUCCUGUUGCAGCUAAAGAAAAUCAUGAAAAAGGAGGGUACUUGGGAAAUGAUUACAGUAACAAGUCCGAAGAAAAGGUCCCGGUAUUCCCAGUCAAGCAACUGGUGAGAAAGGACAUUGAAAGAUCUGAUGUUCAUCAUGAAGAUACCCUAAGUAUGCAUGUGGAUAAUACUCAUCCAGAGGAUCGUGCUGUUCUCGAGGACUUGGAUCCAGGUCACACGCUUCCAGAUGCUGGUGCGUCCAAUCACUCGAUAGAACUCUCAUCUCCUCAUUCUAGGUUGCCUAUAUGGAAGACGUUCGAAGAUGUAAUGGAACUCUGCGAGGAUCUCGAUGGGGAGAAAAUGUGUUUGCCAGAUCACGACAACAGCUCUGAGAAAAUUUUGUCGGAUGAAAAUGUGCUCAAGCAAAUUGGGAGUUCUGCUGCGCUCUCUGAAUAUGACUUUGGAUAUCUUUCCCCUGAAUGUUUAUGGAAUUAUGAUGAUGUCCUGUUAAUAGACGAUGAUGACAAAGCUCCGACAAAUAAGGUAUGUAACGAGAGUGCUAAUGCACAAGUGUUGGAUUAUGUAAACAGCAGUGUUAAGGAUGAUACAUCUGUUCCUUGUCAAACUCAAACACUGAAUUCAAACCUGGCUAGUAGUCAAGAUGCAAAUUUCCUAACAGCAUCAGAUGUCCGAGUUGAUAAGUUAGACGUUGAUCAUGGAUACAAGGAAAGUAGUGCAGACAUUGAUAAGCUGUCAUCAACAGCGGCACCAGAUCCUCAUCUUCAUGGAGACAUCAGUGAGGAAUUUAUGGCAUGCACGUUGAAUAGUGAAGACCCAGAGAUUCCAUGCAACGAUGAUUUUUUCCCGUCUACAUCGUAUCAUAGCCAUAAAGCACGCAGUGGCCUCUCUUUAUCAUCUGCUAACCGAGGAAACAGAGAACAAGGACGAAGCUUCUUAAAGAAAGAAAAGAAUCACACACAAUCUUCCGAUCCCUGUCAGAUAAUGGGGCUGCAGGCAUCAUCAAAUUUUGGUCCAAAAUUUCCCCUUGCUAGUUCUGGGGUAAAAUGUGAAAUUGCGGGUAGUAACUAUCUUAAUUCUGUCUCCAGGCAGGCCUUCAGUGCCCAUUUAGACCAGAGUACAUGCAUAACAGCAUCUGGACCCUUGCAUAUAAAUGGAGAAGCAACGACCAAGCUAGAGUCCUCUGAUAUAUGCAAUGCUAUGACUUUUCCUUUAGAUGCCGAAGCAGGACCUACAAGAGAUGCUUUUCAGGAACCACAAGGAAGUCCCUCUGUCUUGGAUCCGGAAGAGUCUGAAAGCGGAGACGAAGUUCCUUGUUUUUCUGAUAUUGAAGCCAUGAUACUCGACAUGGAUUUAUGUCCUGACGAUUGGGAUACCUAUGUCAGUAGAGAAGUUUCUAGAUACUCACAUGAGGACGCUAAGAGGGCAAUUGUUAGAUUGGAGCAAUGUGUUCAAUCUUCUAUACGGAGAGCCAUUGCUUCUCGAGGUGGCCUUGCAGUAUUAUGUGGUCGCUACUUGAAGCAUUACAUUAGAAAACCUGAGGUCAUACUCGGCAGAUCAACUUACGACUUUGAUGUCGAUAUUGAUCUAGGAAGAGGAGGAGGGACAAACAAAAUAUCCCGACGACAGGCGUUGAUCAAGUUGGAAAAGGAUGGUUCUUUUUCUUUGAAGAAUCUAGGCAGGUGCUCCAUGUUCUUGAACGGGAGAGAAGUCGCGAGCGGGCAGCGACUGGAUCUUAGCUCGGGCUGUUUGAUUGAGGUCAAAGGGAUAAGCUUCUUAUUCGAGAUGAACCCACAAUCCGUCAGUCAGUACCUGGCAAAGUUGCAGUAGAGAGCGAAGAGAGGGGGACAUCAAACCCCGUCGACUCGCCUGUCC